AAGUUCUGCAUCAAACUCAUUUAGCGCCGCAGGUAGAUACAAGCCCAGAUGGCGAUUGGUUGAUUUUUCUUCCUCUGUCCAAUCAGCGUAGUGUUGCUAUGCCUCUGCGCCUCAGCGAUUGGCGGAAGCGGCUGUCACUCGCGGCGCUCGAAGGCGACGCACGGCGUGAUCGUGCGCGGACUGAACUUGGGUUAGAUGCUCCGCGUCCACACCGCGCCGACCGCGAAAGGAGCGGGACGGGGAUUUGGCAGGGUCGUGGCAGGAACGCGCGCGCGAAGUUUGCUGUGAAUCCCGACUGACUUUUGAAGAGGAGCACGCGCCGCUGUCUCGCGACCUCGAUUUCUUCUUUUCAAAGGUGUAUACCUCCCACCCCGCCCCACCACGGCCCUCACCUGUGUGUUGCGGUGCUUCCCUUGUGAGCCGACCUGGGCCGGCAGCCCCUUCUUGCACCGCCCGCCGACCCGGCCCAUGGUCACCAUGACGCGCUCCAAAACUUUCCAGGCGUACCUGCCCAGCUGCCACCGCACCUACAGCUGCAUCCACUGCAGAGCACACCUCGCCAACCACGACGAGCUCAUCUCCAAGUCGUUUCAAGGAAGUCAGGGCAGAGCAUAUCUUUUCAACUCUGUGGUGAACGUGGGAUGUGGUCCUGCGGAGGAGAGGGUUCUGCUCACGGGCCUUCACGCUGUGGCAGACAUCUACUGCGAAAACUGCAAAACCACACUGGGGUGGAAAUAUGAACAUGCCUUUGAGAGCAGUCAGAAGUACAAGGAAGGCAAGUUCAUUAUCGAGCUCGCCCACAUGAUCAAGGACAACGGCUGGGACUGAGUGAGCGUCCUGGAGACAGCAACGGGUGGAUGGUGAAUGUGUGGGUGAAUGACUGACUUUGGUUUGCCAUUACCCUCUUAAACCCUCUCCUACCCUCCAUCUCCUGCUGACACACAUGCCCCUCACCGGACCAGAAUCAGGAGAACGGGCUGCCCCGGGGGGCUUUGUGUGUCUGGAGGAGAGCGUGCGCAUGUGUGUGUGUAUGUGUGUGUGUGUGUGUGUGUGUGUGUGUCCGGGCCGGCACAUGGGAGCACACUGAGAUACAUGAAUGCAUACACAAGGUGUACAGACAUACGUGUGUAAAAACAACAGCAUACCGCAUGUCACGCUCAUCUCGGCCUGAUGGUUUAUACUACAAGCGGCUCUAUUCAUACGUAUAUGACAUAAGGCAGGGCUCAGGGGCGCGUUGUGCUUGGCAGGAACAGGGUCACGAGUUCGCCGAGCUGAUGGGGCUUUCUCCACUUCGUGUCAGUGAGAAACUACCAGGCUGACCUUUCUGAAUUCAGCUGAGGGUUGCACCAUCUGCGCCAGUGAGGAGGACUGGCAUGGAGAAAUCUCUGAAUGGGGCUCUGACGGACCAACAAACAGGGCUUAAAGGAACUGUUCGCAAAAAAAAAUGAAGAUGUACAGAUUAAUGUACAUUUUGUUUUCUUCAUCGGGCAGGUUUGGAGGAAUUUAGCAUCACUUGGUCACCAGUGGAUCCUCUGCAGUGUAUGGGUGCCGUCAGAGUGAGGGUCCAAACAGAUGAUAAAAAUAUGACAGUAAUUCAAAGGCCAUCAAUUAUUGUUAAGUGAAUUAAUAAGAUUUGUGAGAAACGAAGCCAUCACUGAGACGUUAACUUUAAAACAUUGCUUCUAGAUGAAAUAUUUUUUGUGUAUCUAUAAUAAUGCUUUCUCUCUGAAUCAGGAAAGAUACAAAGAUCAAGCACUGUUAACGAAAAGCAGUCUAAAAUGUUUCUAGACAAAUUUUGAUUUUGAUGUGAGAGGACAACGGGGGAUGAAUUUUUCUAAAGCCUUGAUCGAUUUCUGACAAUCAGAAAGCUUUAACUGAUGGACUGGAGUCGAAUGGGUUACUUGUGGAUUAUUGUGACGGUGGCGUGUCAUUCUGAUGGCACCCAUUCACUGCAAAAGAUCCACUGGUGAGCAAGAGAUGGAAUUUUUCCAGCAUCUGAUCAGAUGAAGAAGCAAAUCCAGAUGCAUCUCAGAUGGUCUGAGGUUGAGCAAAUUCAGCAAACUUAGCUUUUUGAGUGGAGUAUUCCUUUAAAGGAACGAGAAUUACUUCCGAAGAGAAGUAUUUCUUUAAUCCAUAUAAGAAAUGAAAAGUGAAGUUUACCGUCAUGCUUUCAGCAUAAAACUACCAUUGUACGAUUCUGGAUGAAACGUGGGCAUAAUUAAGUGAAUGUAAACCUUUGUGUAUAGCAGUUUACAGGUGUUGUAUCUGGACAUCUUUGUGUCUGUAUUCCAUGUUCCAACGGUUUGUGCUGUUCCCAGUCUCACGGUGUUCAUUUUUACUGACUGCUCUUGCUUGUUAGUGAUCUCUUUGGGGAAUAAGGAUGUAAGAAGAGACUGUACACUGCCUAUCUGUUAGGUUCUUUAAAUAAAAACAUAAUUCAUCAUAGCUCCUCUGUACCCAAGACAACUAAAAGACACAUCAGUGUCUCCAAAAACCACCAAAGACCCAACAGCAAAUUAGUUGACUUAACAAAAAUGGCUUCUUUUUUUUUGGCUUGGGUGCAGAAAUAGUAGCAUGUGGGAUUGUGUAUAGUGGAAAAACAGUUUUACUGGCACGUAAUUUAAAUGACGUGGUAAUAUAUAUGUGCAUAAACAUAUUUAUUCACCAUAACUGAUUUUCAUCUGUGUCAGGGAUUAAUUGUUAUCUGAGCAUUAUCACGCUUUAUGUCUGGACACCAAACUUUACUACUUUUGUAUUCCAGUAAGAAGUUUCAACUGUAGUGUAUUUUAUAUAUGGAUGAGGAGAGGAUAAUGUUAUUGGAACUCCCAUCAACAUUGAUAUAAAAGGUCAAUAAAACUGAAAUAUUAA